UAUAAAAAUCGAAUAGAUUGCCAUUAUGCCAAGUGAUUUGCUGAAUGAAUUCCUUGGAUUGGAGUCAGUUCAACAGUCGGAUUUCUUUCUGGUGAGUAGAGCCAGCCAGAGCUGUUUCGUCGUCAUGGUCAUUGUUGAUACUGAGUAGUUUCCAUAGUUGUGCAUAAAUCUGGCAAGAGUGACCAUUGAGGAGUCCAACCACAGAGUACUGAGGAUCUGCAGUUCAUUUCAACAAGGCAGGGUGAAUGUUCAGCCCUGCCAGAUUUGCUUCCGAGUCUGCUCGCAGAACUCGACAAUUGUCUUUCCCAGAGCAGUUGUCGAGGUUGAUUUUAACGAUGGCGGAGUCUAGUCGGGAGCGUCCCAGAACUGGAGAGAAGACUAAAGAGACCUAUCCAAACUGCUUUCCACCUCCCCUGAGGAGCUCUGCUAGUUUCCCAGGAGUGCAACAAAAUGGAGCCCCCGUGUCUUGGGGGUCAGAAAGCUUCCUGUCUGGAAGGCCAUCAACUGGCUUUCCUGCUCCUCCAGCUUUCUUUGCCCGCUCAUAUCAUGCCAGCUUCCCCUCCCUACCAUCAGGUGCAUUUUCAUCAUCCGCGAAUGGUUACCAGAGUGUCAGGAAUGGGGCGCCAGGGGAACAGUCAAAGUCCAAGAGGACUAUGAACAGUGGCUCAGUUGAUUCCAAGAAGCUUUGUUCAGACAGUAGGGCAUCCCAUUCCUCAGAAAACCGACACGGGUUGUCAUCAGUGAACCGACAAGGGACAAAAGAAGAAGGAACUAAAAUCACAAGUGGAGAUGGUCGUGCUUCAGCUGAACCACACAGGUCAGACAUGUUAAAGUUCAAGCGAAGGUGGACGUCCGUCCCAGCUAGGGAGAGCCACAGUCCUGGAUCAGGCACAGAGGUGUCGGUCAUGAGCUACAAUGUCUUGGCUCAGUGUCUGAUUGAGACCAAUGACUAUCUGUAUCAGAGUUGCCCCGCGGAGGUCCUGAGGUGGGACUAUCGCAAGGAGAAGUUGCUGAAGGAGCUGCGAGUUGCAGAUGCAGAUAUAAUGUGUCUGCAAGAAGUACAAUUCACCCAUUUCUGUGAGUUCUUCUCACCGGAGUUAGAAAAACUUGGGUAUGCAGCUGUGUAUCAGAAACGGACUGGUGACAAGCAUGACGGCUGUGCACUCUUCUACAAGAAAGACAAGUUUGCACUGGAGAAGUUCAAGAAAGUCCGGUUCUUCCGUUCCAACAUCCAGCUGCUGGAUCGAGACAACGUGGGCAUCAUUGCACUCUUGCGUGCCAAGGGCUUGCCCGAGGACGAGGCUCCCAGGCUUUGUGUGGCCACCACGCAUCUGCUGUACAACCCAAAGCGAGGGGACAUCAAACUGGCCCAGCUUGGGGUCUUGCUGGCUGAAGUUGACCGCAUGGCUGCUGCCGUUUCGCCCUUAUCCAAGCGUUCCCAACAGCAACAGAACCCCCUCUACCACCCGAUCAUACUGUGUGGUGACUUCAACAGUCUGCCCCACUCACCCCUUUACAACUUCAUCAGAAACCGGAAGCUAGACUAUGUUGGCCUGCAGAAGGUCCUAGUUUCAGGUCAGGGUUCCAGUCGCAGGUCGUUUGACCCUCUGAACUGGCCCCUCUGGCCCUAUGAUGUCGGAGUGACAGACGCCUGCCAGUUCCGGAGUGUUGUGAGAGAGCGAUUGAAGAACAUGGAGAAAAGUGAUCCACAAGAACAAGAGCACUGUUCAGAUCUGCCAGACAUAGCGGACCUGCCCCAGGACUGGGAAAAGCACUUCUCAGACAGUAUCCAUCAUCCUUUCCCUCUGGAGUCUGUCCACUACCAUGACGGUGACGUUCGGGAGGUCACCACCAACCAUAGCAGGACCAACUGCACUGUGGACUACAUCUUCUUUUCCAGUUCCGCGACCAAAAUCAAAGGGCCUCUUGGAGGGCUGUUCCCGAGGAGGUACGUUGGGGAGCUGAGGCUUCUGGAGUAUCUCAGUCUCUUGACGGAUGAAGAGGCCAGCGACAUGGGAGGCUUGCCCAACUAUGACCUGUCUUCUGAUCACUUCUCAUUGCAAGCCAAGUUUCUGCUGACCGCCCCUGAGUAGAUACAACUCUUUCCAUGUAAUCUGAAUCCCCUCUAACAGUGCACUUCAUAACGGAUUUGUAGAUGGUGCUAUUAAAAAAAAAACAAUUCUUGAUAAGAAAAGAGAUUGUUCAGCUUUUUUGUCUGCAUACUCGUACUUGUACUUGUUAAAAUGCGCUAGUACUCGUACUCAUACUUACAAGUAAAUAAUUAAGCAUUUCUCGUAUAUGUGCUCCCACUGGUGACAAAGUAUUGGUACUCUAGUUAUAUUCAUGAAAAUUUUCUCCUGCUGGAAAGUUUAUUGUUUGAGAGGUAUAUGCAGAAAAAGAACCCAUUUUCUGCAAUUGAAAAUUUGCUUUUGUGAACCCAUCCUAAUGUGCUGUACUCAUAGAAAGAACUCAUACUCGUUCUUUUACUCAAAGAAAUGUACUCCUGGUAAUGUUAAUCAUACUCGUCUUACUCAUCGUACUCAUGGCAAAAGAUUGCCUUGUACUCAUACUCAUAUUCAUGGCAAGGUACUUGUACUGGUUCUCAUGGCAAAGUACUUGUACUCGUACUCGCACCCAUGGAAACGUGCUCAACUACAACACUGAUGUAAUAAUACAAAUGGUGUUGGUUGAUUUGGGUUACUUUGCGUCAAGAGAAGUCAAAUCAACCAACACCUCAGCAACAGGACUUUAAUGCUUCUUUUCCUGAACUUCUAGUAGUUUUUGCUGUAGAGCCUAUUUUGUGAAGCACAUGUCUUUCGUGUAGGUAUUAUUACAUAACAAUUAAUCCCUGUAUCCAAUUAAGUCAUGUGGUUUAGUAAUUCAUCGGAACAAAAACUACUAGUCCAAAUCGAGCGAUUUCAUUUUUCUUUUUACUGAAUUCCCCAUGCAUACGUAUAGGUGGUUUGAGUCUCAGGCUAUCGGAAUUACGCGUAUAUAUAUGCCGUUCCAGUUUUUUUUUUGCCACCCUGUGUAUUAAAGAGUAACGCUUUAUAGUAACGUGUAUUAAAGAGUAACCACACAUUACUGUCAAACGUGAAUAGUUACGAGCCUCAUUUUGAUAACAUACUUGCUAAAAUUAUGGCCGGCAGAAAUAAACUUUUUAUUGUUAAAACCUAUUGAGUGGCCCCCUCCAGAAAAUGAGGCCCCCCUAAAUACCCCACCUGUUAAUUGGAGUCCAGUUCAGUCGCUUGCAAGAUCAUUGAGGCUAAGCAUCUGCAGCCGCAACUUGCAUGAAGUGUCUGUACAUGUACGUUACCUUAUUAAAUUUCUUUCUGAUUUGCUGAAGUUGGACUUUUAUUGUAAAAGUAUUUGUUUUGAACACGUUUUAACCUUGCCUUACACAAAUGAAUAAUAGGUGAAUAAGCUCAAAAACUCUGCGCGAAGCAAUAACUGUAACAGAAGUCUGAAGCACCUGCCUUGUACAAUAGCUGAUCAUUGAAAUGAAGUUCUCCAAUUAAAAAACUUGCUACUGCCAAUAAUAUGCCAAAUAUAAAGCAGUAUUAUUGCAAAACUUGUUUACUUCCUAGUUUAUAAAUGUUGAUCUCCAUUGUUGAGGAAACAAGUGGCAAGUUUGCCAUAAAGAAAAUGCAGUGACAUCUUCAGUUUAUUAUUUCGGUUAUUUUUUAAGUUUUGCAAAUUUUGUUGUUAGUUGUGACAAGAAAAAUUAUUAACUGUUAAUAGAAAUAUUAUUAGAUUAAUCUUUUAAUAAAAAAAAGUUACCGUGUCUUUAUUUAUUAUUUCAUAAAGUAAAACAUGUGCAGGUUUCAAAAUAGUACUAUAAAUUACUUCGGACAAACGCACAGUGUUAUUUUUAAACAUAAAAUAAAAGAAAUGGUUGUCUUCUUGGUUAAAAGUA